AUGACAGGGGGCACCAAAAGUCUGCAAUAUUUGUCAUCCUCUGUCUCUCUGUCCAGGUACGUACUGAAGGAACUCAUAGAGACAGAGAAACUGUAUGUGGAAGACCUGAGGUACAUAGUAGAGGGCUACAUGGCCACUAUGAAUACCAAGGGCAUACCUGAGGACAUGAAGGGGAAAGACAAGAUCAUAUUUGGAAACAUUCACCAAAUGUUCGACUGGCAUAAAGACUACUUCCUGGGGGAACUGGAGAAGUGUAUAGCAGAACCAGAGAGACUGGCCCAACUUUUCAUAAAGCAUGAGAGGCGUCUCCAUAUGUAUGUGGUGUAUUGUCAGAACAAACCCAAGUCAGAGCACAUCGUCUCUGAGUACAUCGAGACUUACUUUGAGGAGCUGAGGCAACAUCUGGGUCACAGGCUACAGCUGAACGACCUGCUGAUCAAACCAGUCCAGAGGAUCAUGAAGUACCAGCUGCUGCUCAAGGACUUCCUCAAGUAUUACACCAAAGCCGGGAUGGACACAGAGGAGCUCGAGAAAGCGGUAGAGGUGAUGUGCUUUGUGCCCAAACGCUGUAACGACAUGAUGAACGUGGGACGUCUGCAGGGCUUCGAGGGUAAGAUCACAGCGCAGGGGAAGCUGCUCCAGCAAGACACUUUCACAGUGGCGGAACAGGACAGCAGCUUCCUGUCCAGAGCCAAGGAGAGGCGCGUCUUCCUGUUUGAACAGCUGGUCAUCUUCAGCGAGCCAAUCGACAGGAAGAAAGGAUUCUCACUUCCUGGUUACACCUUCAAGAGCAGCAUCAAGUUGAGCUGUCUGGGGGUGGAGGCUCCGGUGGAGGGGGAGGCGGGCCGAUUGGUGCUGACCUCACGGGGGGCUGACGGGACUGUGGUGAGAUACGUGCUACAAGCCGCCUCCCCAGAGGUCUGCAGGGCCUGGGUCAACGAUGUGGGACAGAUCCUGGAGACCCAGAGGAACUUCCUCAACGCCCUCCAGUCUCCCAUCGAGUACCAGCGCAGAGAGGGUACCAACAAGUCUAACAGCCUGGGCCGGAGCAUGAGAGCCCCCCUGUCUUCGGCCAGCAGUCCCCUGCGCCCCCACUCCUCAGCCUCCAUCGACCGCCAGCGCCUGCCCUGGCUCCGGUCCUACAACACCUCCCUCCCCACCCUCUACCUGCCCAGCCAGUUGGGUCAGGGAACGGGCCUCCAGGGCCCCUCUGAGACACACACACCCCGGGAGUCUCCUCUGGUCAGUAGGAACUCCCAGACAACAGUCUCGCCAUCUCACGUCCAGCUGGCUUUCACUGACCAGUCUGGUCUGUCUCACUACUCUCAGACCCAGACCUCCCUGCAGUGCCAAGCGGGGUCCAAUGGGCUGCAUAGCACACAGCAGAGCGCAGGAGAGGGCUGCAGUACCAGGGGCCUGCCUGGUGAGGCUGUACCUCCUCCUGUAUCUGUCUCUGGUCCAUUGGCCGGCAAGCGCUCCAGCAACCUGGCCCAGCUCAAUGAAGAUGACCUAUGAGCCCUGACCCCUAGGAGGAAGGAGGUUCACGGACCGCCACAGCUACAGAGAGAAGAAGGAGGGCCUCAUCUCGGCUUACCAUAUGUUGAUGCUAUUGUGACUUAAGGGUCCUUUUGAAGGUGGAUGGGGUGCUUCUGUAUGGAGCAAGGACUGGAUGGAGACUGCUCUUCUGGACUGUUGCUACUGCUUUUUCAGACUGUUACCGGGCGGUUCACCGACAUUCUGAGAAAUAUAAACCAUGAUUCUAACGGAAUAUACAGUAUGCGCCUUUCAUCUGAUUUUUUUGAGCGAUGUGAUUUGAGGUUGAAGACGUGCCUCUGCGUGGGCACCACUAAUGGGUAGCACCCAGCUAGAUGUUGCAAUGGCUGAGGUUAUGAAGGACACUUAAUGGACAUCAGGUAUUAUGGUGACUUUGCUUGUUUUAUUAUGACGACUUUGCUUGUUUAAUUUUUCAUUUUGGAGAAUUUCUAUACAGUAUAUAUUGUGCUGUUUACCAGAGGCCUGUGGGAUGUGUUCAAAGGAAGAAGAAAAAAGUCCAUUCCUGAUUGGGGAGGUCACUGGAGAAGUGUCUGUGUGUGAGUGCGCACGCUGCAGGCAUGUGUGUGUGCGUAUGUGCGCAACAUGCGUCUGUGUGUGCAUGUGUGAGUGAAAUGCGUCCGUGUGU